AUGUUAAAGGACGCCGACCAGGAGCUGAUUAAACGCCGCCCGCUGACGUCGCUCCCCAUGACAGACUUCGCCCGACAGGUGGCGCCCGCUCAGCUGCCCCUGUCUCUGCCGUUGCCUAUGAACAUGCCGUUGCCACUUUUGGCCAAGACUCCGGGCAACGACCACGCCCCCAUGCACUCUACGCCACCCACGACACCGCCCACGCCUCCGCCCCUGCCGCUGAACAUGAGUCAGACGGCAGCGGAAGCAGCGCCAGAAGCGGCGACUCCACCAUGUCACAGUCCACCAGCCACACCGCCCACCGGAGGAGCAACUGGCAGCAACGCAGCGCCGCAGGAUCACUACAGUCUCCGAUGGAACAACCACCAGAACCACAUCCUGAGAGCCUUCGAUGCCCUGCUGCAGACCAAGACGCUGGUGGACGUGACCCUGGUCUGCGCCGAAACAUCGAUCCGUGCACACAAAAUGGUACUCUCCGCCUGCUCGCCCUUCUUUCAGCGCGUCUUCGCGGAAACUCCCUGCAAGCACCCCGUGAUCGUUCUCAAGGACUUCCGCGGAUGGGUGGUGCAGGCCAUCGUCGACUUCAUGUACCGCGGCGAGAUCAGCGUGCCUCAGCAGCGUCUCCAGACCCUUAUCCAGGCUGGCGAGUCGCUGCAGGUGCGUGGUCUUGUCGAGAGCUCUGUGCCGGAGCACACACCCACUCCGGCAGCCUCGCCCGAUGACUUUGAAAUGCUGGACACCUCCAUGUUGUCCUCCAGCUUUGAGGACGAGUCGCCUUCGAUGGUCCGCCCAUCGACAGCCGGCAAGCUGAUGAUGUCGUCGGCCCGCCUCUUCGGCAGCGCGACAAACACCAUGGCGGCACUCAGUCUGCGACGAAGGCGGGAACAGGAAUGCGACCGAGAGCUGGAGAGCGACCAGGAACUAGGAGGCAGUUCGCCAAUGCCACGCCGAAAGCAAGCCCGCCCACGCCGUCGCUCCGGCGACGUUCCACACGACUUUGCCCUGAACAAGACCGAGGCGGAGCCACUGCAAACUGUGAUCAAGCACGAACUCCUCGACCGAGCGGAAAGGGAUCACGACGAGGAAAAUGGUCAGGAACGCGAUCUGGAUCAGAAUCAGAGCCACAGUGAGGCGGAGAAGAACGGAGCCACGUCAACGGAAACGACGACAGAGCAAGCCAAGGAGACGCACCAGUUGAAACCAGAGGGACCCGAUCAGCCCCACGAGCUAGACGAUGACGAUGACGACGAACAGGAUCAUGAGGAAGAGGAGGAGGAGCAGGAUAUUGAAGAGCUUAUUCACACGACCAACGAGCUGAGGCGACAAGCUGCUGUCGCUGCUGCUAAUGCAGCUGCUAUGUCACCCAGCCCCUCGCCCUGUCCCAGCGACGGACCCGAGGAUCUCUGCACCACCAAGAAGGACAAAGAUGGAAACAGUUCGAACGCUGGCGGUGCCCACUCCUCAGACUGCGAAUCUAACAACAAUAACAACAACAGCAGCAAACUACAGGACAACAACCAGCGCAUCAUGCUAUCCCUGAAGGACAUCCGCCAAUUAAACGCCAAUCCCAACCCAACGGCCAUCCACACGCCCACCAGCUGCUCCGGUGGCAACAACGGCCUGCUAAGCUUUCCACCGCCCGGUAUGCGGCCACCAGGACUGCCGGACAGCCCGCCCUGCCACAUGGAAGCCCUGGAAGCACAGAUGCACGCUGCUGCCGCUGCAGCCGUAGCUGCUGCCGGAGCCGGCGAGCAUCCCUUCCACCACAUGGAGCACCAGAUGGAGAUGUCUCUAGCAGCAGCGGCGGCAGCAGCUGCCAUGCACCAGAGAGACCCCCGGGAUGCCCGCGAUCCCCGAGACCACAACGCAUUUGCCAGCAACCUGCUGGGCCCAAUGGGCAUGCCCCCGUUCGGGGGACCCAACGGAGGACCUCCGGGCAGUGGUCCAGGAAGCGGAUGUCCUGGCCAGGCGGCGCACGAACGGCUCGAGGAGAGCAUGAAUCGACUGAGCAAAGAGCUCGGCAAGGAAUUUGGAAAAGACUUCGGCAAGGAGUUUGGCAAGGAAUUCGCCCCAGCGUCCCCGAUGAGUCUGCCCGGACACUUCAAUCCGCCGGAUGGACCACAGCAUCCGCCUUCGCCGCUGCCCUUUCCCGGCAUGUCCUCGGCGAUGACGCUAACGCCGCCGCACAUGUUUGGCCUGGACUCGCCACUGGGACUGUUUCCGCCAGGAAUCGAUCCCGGAAAGCUGUACAACCCUCUGAUGGAGAUGAGCGAUCCGAGGGACAUGCCCGGUGGACCGCCGCCGUUUCUCAAAAAGAAAAUGCCACGACCAAAGGGACAGCACUCGGCGCCGCGCGGUGGGCCACCUCGCUCCUGGACCAACACAGAGCUCACGGAGGCACUGCAGCAUGUAUGGAACAAGAAAAUGACCACGUCGCAGGCCUCACGCAUCUUUGGCAUCCCGUACAACUCCCUGCUCAUGUACGUGCGGGGCAAGUACGGAAAAAGCCUGAAACUGGAGCAGCUGCGCAAGGACUGCAUCAGCGGACCCCCCAUUGAGAUGCUCCAGAUGGGCAUCAGCGGUGGCAGCGGGGGCAGUGGCAGCAGUUCCAGCAAGAGCGAGAAGAACAAGGAACGCAAAGAGAAGGACAAGGACAAAGGUUCGGCGGGCAACAACAGUUCCGGAGGAGCCUCGAAUGCAGCUGGCGGCGGAAGCCAGUCAUCUGGAAAUGGUCCUUCCAUGCCGCAUCCCAGUGAAAUGGGUUCCCUGGGACCGCUGGACCUAGAGCUUGGCCUACCACUAGGCCCGCCAGGUGGUCCGAGGAGCAACAGCUCAGAGCCCGAUCUGCUAAGCGGACCGAAUGCUCUCUUUAAUCCCUUCAACCCGCAGGGCUUCUACCCAGACUUUGCGGGCGGCUUUCCCGGCCUCCCACUGAGCAUGCUGAACCUGUUACCGCCGUCAGAGCGCCACCAUGCGGCGGCUGCUAUGCACCACCUGGGCGUCACUAUGGACGAGGACUGCAAGUCGGUGGGAUCAAAACAAUCCUCAUCUCUGGACGACGACUACUCGGGACCCGGGAUGCCCAUGUCGCUGGAACACCGGCGAGAGAUGAGCGCGACAGGACCUCCGCUGACACAGUCGAAUGGGGGAGCAGGGCAGGAUUGA